AUGCAGGAUGAGAUGAUCAAGGCUGGCCGUCUUGACCGCCGCUACGAUGGUAUUGCUGACUGCUUCCGUCGCACCAUUGCCGAUGAGGGUGUCAUGUCCCUGUGGCGUGGUAACACGGCCAACGUCAUCCGUUACUUCCCCACGCAGGCCCUGAACUUCGCUUUCCGCGACAAGUUCAAGAAGAUGUUCGGCUACAAGAAGGAGCGUGACGGCUACUGGAUGUGGAUGGCCGGUAACCUGGCUUCGGGUGGUGCCGCCGGUGCCACGUCGCUGUUGUUCGUCUACUCCCUGGAUUACGCCCGUACCCGUCUGGCCAACGACGCCAAGUCCGCCAAGAAGGGUGGUGAGCGCCAGUUCAACGGCCUGGUCGACGUCUACCGCAAGACCCUGGCCACUGACGGUAUUGCUGGUCUGUACCGUGGCUUCGGUCCCUCCGUCGCUGGUAUCGUUGUCUACCGUGGUCUGUACUUCGGUAUGUACGACUCGAUCAAGCCCGUCGUCUUGGUCGGCAACCUGUCCAACAACUUCCUCGCCUCGUUCCUUCUGGGUUGGUGCGUCACCACUGGUGCCGGUAUCGCCUCUUACCCCCUUGACACUGUCCGCCGUCGCAUGAUGAUGACCUCGGGUGAGGCCGUCAAGUACUCGAGCUCUCUGGAUGCUUUCCGCCAGAUCGUCGCUAAGGAGGGUGUCAAGUCCCUGUUCAAGGGUGCUGGUGCCAACAUUCUCCGUGGUGUCGCCGGUGCCGGUGUCCUGUCGAUCUACGAUCAGCUCCAGGUUAUCGUCUUCGGCAAGGCCUUCAAGGGCGGCUCGGGCUAA